AUGCCUUCUCUCUUCAAGACCAUUGUGGCUGCUCUUGCCGUCACUGCCUCCCCAGCUCUUGCUAACUUGUCACUGCUCCGGUCUCCAGUACCGUAUGCACAGGUGGCCAAUCGUGCACAAUCUCCUGGACGGAUGAUGGGACCAGCCCCAGCCUCGCCACGCUCCAAAACAUGGUCGUCGCUCUCUAUUAUGAUACUGAGCCUGAUGCAGUCCAUUGCCACUGUAAACGUUGCGGCGGCCAGUCAUUUGACCUUCACUGUUAACCCAUCUAUCGGCCCUAAUGGGUCAGCCUACUUUAUCCGAUUCAGGACCCCUAACGCCGCCCACACGUCCUAUUCGGCCAAUCCCACCUCUGUCAAUGGUGGUGCCCUCAAGAACGACGAUCCUGGUUCUCUCGCUGCUGGUGUUGCCGUCGUCGUCGCCGUUUCUCAUCAAACCACCUUGCACUUCACUCCUCACCAACGCUUUCCCAAUCGGCUUGACCCUUCCACCCAAGUUGAAAGUUGCUUUGCUGCCAGGACUAUCACCGCUCGCGCUCUCGAUCUCAUAGCCCCUUUUUCGAUUAUAGCCUUGCCCACCAGGAAUACAGGGAUUACUCGUUUCACCGGGCUCUCCAGUAAAAGUCUUGUCACCGAGUCUGCCAUAACGCCGGGUAAUGAGCAUCCAAAUUGCGCGUCAACAUCGGCCGCGGAAGAUUAUAGAAUGGAAGACAAUAGUGCUAUGUGUACGCGUGUUGAUUCCAUGUUGAACGGCUGUACGAAAAACAUGGCUUUAGGUUGUGUGACUCGCUUCGUUUCAUUAGUUGCCCUGACUCAGCUCCAUAACCCUCAGCAAGCAAAGAGUAUGCCAGCGACAAACGCUCCUCUACACGAGCUCAUACCCGUUAAUGAUGAUACUCCUGAUCUCGUAAAGCAAUGCAUAGACUUGAGAAUUACUGUGUUUGUAGACGAACAAAAGUUUCCACUUGACACGGAGAUCGAUCAAUGUGAGCCUUCGGUCAAUCAAGUAUUUCUCUGGUGUCCUAAUAUGCUAUACAUUUCUGUAGACGAUGGCACUGGCAAAUCUACCCAUCUAUUGCUAAGACUGGUUCCUUCUCUUGAACCGAUCGGUACCGUCCGUCUGGUACAUCUUUCUUCCACCGAGAAGAAGCUUGGACGACUUUGUGUACUCGAAGAAUACCGCAACUUCAAGUUCGGAAAGGACCUCGUAUUGGCAGCGCAUGACUAUUUACUAAACCAAGGAAGCUCACCAGGUGCAGAAGGCCCACCCGAUCCCUCUCACCUUCUCAAACCACGCAAACUAAGGGCCCAGAGGUUGACAGAUAUGUGA